CCCCCCUCUCUUUCUCUCUCUCAAAUCUCAAAGAAGUGUAUGCAGCGCGGCGACUCACCAUUUCUCGCCAUAAGCUCCGACAAUGGUUCUCCUCCGCCACCAACUCUCCUCCCGAAAAAGACCUUCCACCAAAGCCUUUGUUCCACCUUUUCCACCACAACCACCGUCAUCGCCACCACCACCACCACCCAAAAUCCCCAAAUCCACCACUGCUGCCACCACCAAGAACGGCGACAACACCACUCAUCAACUCCGAAAACCCGACGCCGCGUCGGCAUCAUCAUCAGCACGAGAAACCCUAACGCCAGUAGACAAGAUGGCGUCCGUGCUAGCAGACGCCGGGUGCACUCUGAUCAACUCCGCCGGCCCUCCCUGCCUCCCCUCCGACACUCACAAGCUCCGCCACCACCUCCACCGCAUCCUAUCCUCCGACUCCUCUCUCCGCUCUGCCUUCCUCUCAGGCUUCUCCUCUUACAUCAAUUCCUCUGAUAAUCUCCACCGGGUGUUGAUCUCUUCAAAUCGCCAAAUUUCUGGUUCUGUGAGGAAUGAGAGUCUGGUUAGAGUUCUCUUACUGGUGCAUUCGAUUCAACUAGACCUUCAGAUCAUGUUGCUCGAGAAGCUUCCGGAGUACUUCGACCUCACAACGUCCUCCCUUGAUGAGGACGUUGCGAGGCUAAUUGUGAACCAAUUCCGGUGGCUUGAUUUCCUUGUAGAUUCUGAUGCAUUUACAGAGAAAUUGUUGCAAGUGCUUUCUAUUUGUCCUCUUCAUUUGAAGAAAGAGAUUAUUGGGUCUUUGCCAGAGAUAAUUGGUGAUAAGAACAAUAAGCCCAUUGUUGAUUCUCUUGAACAGAUGCUUCAGGAGGACUCGGCCAUUAUUGUGCCCAUCCUUGACUCUUUCUCCAACCUCAACUUGGAUGAUCAGUUGCGCGAGCAGGUGAUUAUGAUGGCUUUAUCGUGCCUUAGAACAAUUGAUGCUGAGCACAUGCCAUACCUACUCAGAUUCUUACUGCUUUCUGCAACACCAACAAAUGGUCGAAGAAUAAUCUCACAAAUCCGUGAACAAAUAAAAUUUAUUGGUGCACCAAGUAUUCGUGUGACGCAGCACAAUAAACUUAAGGGAAAAUUGCCUGUGGAUAAUGGAGAGGCUUCAAUUCUUGAUGCUUUGAGAUCUAGUCUUCGGUUUAAGAAUAUGCUUUGUCAGGAGAUAUUGAAAGAAUUGAAAUGCCUUGAGAAAGGUCGCGAUCAUAAAGUGAUUGAUAUAUGGCUGCUUAUUCUCGUUUACAUGAACGGCGAGUCUCUACAAAAGAGUGUUGAAAAGAUAUUCAAGAAGAAAAUAAUUGAUGGUUGUAUUCAGGAUAUUAUAUUUGAACAGUGCAUAUGUGGAAAUAAGGAAUUGGUACAGGAUUAUUUCCCCUCGUUUCUAUCGUUGACCGAGUACUUAAUGGCAUGCAAAGAACAAAAAGCAAGGGAAUUUGGAAUUCACAUGUAUACAUCUCUAUUCAAAGAACUUGGUGAUACUUAUUCGAGACAAGAAGUUCUAGGUGCAUUAGUCACUCAUGUGAGUUCUGGUGUUAGUUUCGAAGUCAGUUCUGCUUUGGAGACCCUGGUUCUGUUGGCCUCUAAGUAUGCACAGGAGAUGAUUCCACUUUCUUCUCAUAUAAGUGGUAUCUUGGAUUACUUGGAGGGGUUUGAUGUUGAGAACCUUCACAAGGUCUAUGAAGUUUUCAGCCUUCUGGCACAGUCAGCUCGAUCUAGUACAGAGUCAUUUGGAUCUUCCAUUACAAAUGAACUUUUGAUGAUUGUCCGGAAGCAGGUCUGCAAUCCUGAUUUGAAGUACAAGAGGAUGGGCUUAAUUGGAACUCUUAAAAUGGUUUCUUGUCUUGGGGAUGCGAACAAUACAGCCUGUCCGUCGUCAUCUCAGAAAUCGAACUAUGAGGAGGCUCUGGAACUCCUGAAAACAUCUCUGGAUUCUUGCAAGCAGUUGCCAUUACCAUUGAUCCUAUUUUAUGAUGAACUAAUUGCCAUGUUGGAAUGCAGAACUCUUCAUCCAGCAAUCAUGGAAUGGAUUGGCAAACACGUAGGAGAGUUUGAAUCAAUGUUUCUAUCUGAUCUAGAAGGUGGGCAAUUGCCUGUUAAGGACUCAUAUUGUGGUCUAGAAGGGGAACUAUGGAUGAACUUGGAUGGUGAUAUUUCUCCAAUUUGUGUGAACAUUUUGCCAUUGGUUUCCUUAUCAUUGCAAUCUGCUUCAUCCUUACAAAUUCUUCCUCCUAAAUUUCUUCUACUAUCCGUGAUUGAGAGGUUGGCAAAUCAGGGAUCUCUUGGGGGAAUUGAUGCACUGCUAGGCUGCCCUUUACACCUUCCUUCCUCUAAGAUAUUCUCUGAGCUGGUCUGGCAGCCUUUAACUGGGAAGCAGAAGCAAAUUGUUUGUCUCUCUCUCUAUUAUGCAGCAAAUUGGCUACGAGAGCUGCUUAAUGCAUUCUGUACACAAGUUGCUGGAAGAUUUGACUGUACAAGUCAAGCAACAAAGGAGGAAAUUAUUACCAAGCUUUUGAAGCGUUUGAGAAACCUUGUGUUUCUGGAAAACUUGCUGAACAGUUCUCUUAAAUUGUAUCCUCUGUCUCUACCUGAGCUCUACCCCCAUGUUGAGCAUCCUACAUCUUCAUUCUUAAGCCAUCCUAAAUAUAUGGGGAAUGUUGAAAAAAAAGGCAAGCAUAUGAAACGAAAUGAGAGCUCCUCCCAGAACAAGAUGAAAAAUAGAAAGACCUCAAAGGCAUCAACAAGUUCAGAUGUUGACGGAAAACUCAGGCAGCCAACAAUUCUGGAUGUUUUGAGGAAAGCGGGUGCCAUAACAAGCCAGGGAGUGCCAAAUGAAGAUAUAGCUGUCUUGUCCUCUAAGGGUAGCGCAUCCGAAUCAGCAGGGAAUUGUGUUAAUGAAUCUAUUGGGCCUCUGAAUGUGGAGGCUUCUUCAGCUGCUAAGGUUUUAGAAGCACAAAGAUACAAAUUCAGGCCUCUUCUGGUUGACUGCUUUACUAUUUUGACAUUUUCAAAGAAUCAAGAUUCUUGUUGCCCAGAUCCUGCAGCUGAGCUACCCCUUCACUUGUACCUCCUACGUGAUCUUCAUUACAAGCUGGAUUGCUUUAGUCCUCCAAGCAAACAAUUUUCAGGCCGAUGCCUAAGCACUCCGCCUGGUUUCAGCAGGAUGACAUCAAAUGAAUUCUUAAGGGCAAUUCAACCACUGUUUCCAAGCCUCAAAAAAAAUCUCAAUUGUGCAAUCUGUAUCCUUAAGGAAGGUGCUGAAUCGUGUCAAGAACAUUGGAAACUGCAGUCUGCUAUGGCUGGGAACCCAGACUUAACCAACCUAGUUGUUUCUAAAUCAUCAGUGUCCAGUUCAGUCCUUAAAGAAACACUUUAUUGCUUUGGCAAGAUGCUAAACUUUCCUGAUAUUCAGAUGGAAAAUUCGGUCCUCUCAGAUCUUCUUGAGGCCUUCCAGCCUAUCAAAGUUCCGGAUUGCAUUUUUGCAGGCAUGCAAACAAUUCCUUCACCUGGAAAUAUAGAUUAUUUAUACUGUGGUGCUUAUUCUUUCCUGGAAGGGAUUUUGGACGUAGCAAUUACUUUCUCAUUUACACUGGCUUCGGAAGUACUACUUACUUUAGAAUCAGUGGUUACCUCUGUGCGUAAACUUCUUGAUAAGUUGGUGGAGGGAAAUGGUAAAGGUAUUCACAUAGGAUUUGUUCGGGAACUCCUUCCUACCUUGCACAGCAGAGUGGGGACUUCUGCUCAGAAACUAUUAAGGCAUAAUUGGGAUAAUGACAAUCUUGAGAAAAGUGGGAAGAACAAAGGGGAAAUUGUUCAGAAAAUCCUGCAUAUGUACUUACGAAAUAGUGGAUCUACUUUUGAUUUACUGGAUGAGUUUGCCUGUUCUAUCUUACCUCAGGUUCCAUCACGCAAAUCAAUAGCAGAAGAUGAUUGCCAUGGUUUCCCAACUCUGUCUUCUGCAACAUUUGUUGUAUGGUACCGGGUACUGCAUGAAGAGAACCUCGCUAUUCUUAACAAGUUGGUUAAGGAAGUUGUGCUCUUAGAGAAAUCCAGAGCUGAAUUUCAACUUGAAACUGUAGAAAAACUUCUUAACAAACUGAAGCAAUCUGUGAAUGUGGUUGUAUCAUUAGUUAUCAUGUGCAGGACUCACGACAAGGUAAGUGUGCAUAGCAUGGCUAUCAAGUAUGGCGGGAAGUUUAUGGAUUCCUUCCUCAAAGUUUUUGAUUUCCUGCAGACCCAAUUUCUGUUGCACAAUGAGCUCAUAGUUCAACUGGUGAAAGAGCUUCAAAAGGCGACAAGAACAAUCCAGACUCUUUGCGCUGAAGCUAAGGGAUUAAAACAAACUGCUAUAACCUGCAAAAUUCCUGCUACAAAGAGAUCUAUGGAACGCUUCCUAUUCCGUGUGAAGGCUCUCCUCCACACUGCACCAAAUGGAAGCACUUUUUGGAUGGGCAAUCUUAAGCAUAAAGACUUAAUGGGUAAUGCGGUGAGCUCCCAAGCAUAUGUAGAUGAUCAAAAUGAAACCAUUGAUGAAGAUCCUGCAGAAACACUUGUUGAGGAUCAAUCCAUUGGUGGUGCUAGUGAGGAGGAGAGGGAAACAGAAUGAGAAAUGCCUUUCUUUUGAAAUGUCUGGACACGUUAACCAAAGCCAAGACGAGGUGAUCCAAUAAAAGUAAUUAUAAGUUGUCAAAGAUAAUGCCAUUUUAUUGUCGGCAGUAGUAAACAGUAUUUUCAAGUGGCAAUUUCAUGGGUAGUCCUCGAAGUGGAUAUUGGACGCUGCAAUUCUGGUAACAUUAAAGAAUGGCCAUAAAACGGCUGUUAGUAGGUGAAGUUGAAAUGUAUAGCUACCAUGUACUGCAGAGCUAUUGUUUCGCUGUGCUUGCUUUUUCCCACUAUAAUUCGGUCCACCAAAGCGAAUGCCAGACUGCUGGGAUCACACAACUCUUUUUUAAGCUGCUAUUAUUGUGAGGUGAAGUUGAAGUGUAACACUGCCUAGGGUUUUUCCUCUACUAUAUCUUCAUUUCUCAACUCAGUCUCCUUACAGUAGUCAGAAUUUUUUAAUAAUUUUAUUUCUGUUGUCUAUAUUUGUGAAUAUAUAUAUAUAUAAUUUUUUCUUUUUGUUUAGUAUAAA